GGGUUAGCGAAUCUAUGUGGCUUACUGCUGAUGUUUUGUGCGUAACUUCUUGCGAGCGAAUUUUCUUGGCAGUGUAGAUGCUUCAGUUGAUUGUAGACUUGCAAGAUUAGCCGAAGUGUCCCGGUGUGUCGGUUUUGGUAACAGCAGUAGCAGCAGCAGCAACACCAGUGCCAUCAGCGAAACAACAUAACUAAAACCGGGAGAGGACUAGAUCAUCAAAAGGGCGCUUGGAAAGUCUCUGUGAGUAUCCCCGUCGUGAGAUUGGAAACUCUCUCGCGAAACCACACCAGGAGAGUACGUUUUCGUUGUAACGCGAGAAAAAGGGAGGUAAUACACCGUCCAGCGUAGCAAACGCACCACACCUCAACCAUGUCGCUCAGUCUUAUGCUAACGCUCUGUCAACGGAGCACUCGGGGCUUUGUGUUGCGCCCGGGCAGUGUGAACAUCCGGCUAGCGGCCGCAGCACUACAAAAUCCACACUGUCCAGCAGCGGAAUCGCCAAUCAAACAGCAACAUAACCGCACGUUCCUCACGAUGGCGUGCCUACAACAACAACAGCGAUGCGUGUCGAUCGACAACAUCAAUCCGGCAAUCAAAACUAUGGAAUACGCGGUUCGUGGUCCGCUGGUGAUUCGUGCCGGUGUUAUCGAAAAGGAGCUUGAGCAGGGAGCGAAAAAACCCUUCAAAGAAGUUAUCCGUGCUAACAUCGGAGAUUGUCACGCAAUGGGUCAACCGCCAAUUACCUUUAUUCGACAGGUACUUGGACUCGUAUCGUAUCCUCCAUUGUUUAACGACGCUACCAUCCCGACAGAUGCAAAGAAGCGGGCUCGCGACAUCCUGGAUGGGUGCAAAGGUGGAUCGGUCGGUUCGUAUUCCGACUCUGCCGGCAUCGAGGUGAUCCGUCGGCAUGCAGCCGAAUACAUCCAACGCCGUGAUGGCGGCAUACCGGCUGACUGGCAGAAUAUCAUCCUUUCGGCUGGUGCGUCAGGCGGCAUCAAGGUAUUGAUGGCGCUGCUGCGUUGCCCGAUCGAAGGCAAAAAGCCAGGUGUCAUGAUACCGAUCCCGCAGUACCCAUUGUACUCGGCUACGAUUGCCGAAUUCGACAUGGAGCAGAUCGGCUACUAUCUGGACGAGGCGAACAAGUGGGGCCUCGAUAUUGCCGAGCUGGAGCGUUCGUUGAACGAGGCGCGCAAAAUAUCGGCACCGCGUAUAUUGGUCGUCAUCAAUCCGGGCAACCCGACUGGGCAGGUGCUUUCGCGAUCUAACAUCGAAGACAUCAUCAAAUUCGCGCAUCGCGAGCGGCUAGUACUGUUCGCGGACGAAGUGUACCAGGAUAACGUUUACGAAGUCGGCUCAAAGUUCCACUCGUUCAAGAAAGUGAUGAUGGAAAUGGGUGACCCGUACAACAAGAUGGAACUAUGCAGUUUUAUGUCCUGCUCGAAGGGAUACAUGGGCGAGUGUGGUAUUCGCGGUGGGUACUCUGAGAUUGUGAACCUCUGCCCGGAUGUGCGCACAAUGCUGUUGAAGUGCAUUUCGGCACAGCUCUGCCCGACCACGGCCGGCCAAGCCGUUCUCGAUUGUGUUGUAAACCCGCCGCAGAAGGGUGAACCAUCGUACGAGCAAUUUGAAAAGGAAAAGGAGGCAGUGUUGGAGUCUUUACGCGAGCGUGCCGAACUGGUAGCACGUACGUUCAACUCUAUCGAAGGUUUCUCAUGCAAUCCGGUACAAGGUGCGAUGUACGCCUUUCCGCAGAUUCGAUUGCCCCCGAAGGCUCUCGAGGCGGCCAAGAAGGAGGGAAAACCGGCCGACACAUUCUACGCAUUCCAAUUGCUUGAGGAGACCGGAAUCUGUAUCGUUCCCGGCUCUGGCUUCGGACAAAGGCCCGGAACCUAUCACUUCCGUACCACGAUCCUGCCCCAGCCAGAAAAGUUGAAGGAGAUGCUCGGUCUGUUCAAAUCCUUCCACGAGAAAUUCUUGCAGAAGUAUAAGUAAUAAUUAUUCGCGCGAAAGCACUAAACCGCCUCUACAACCAUCAGGAGCGUAAACAAGCGAGUAAUGAUAAGAACGGGUGUGAAUAGAAUCAGUUGUUACAAAAAGAGUAACGAACUGUAUUAGGGCGAUGGAAAAGUCAAAUUUCCAUAACACCACUAAUUCUACAUAUUGAUCACACCAGAAUCGGUAAACAUAUCGCACCAGCGGUUCAGAAUAAAUGGUUAUAUCGUGAAAGUGAAAGAGAUGGAAAGAGAAACCCCAUAAACAAAUCCCAAGAAAGUGUUUUAAACCGUAUCAGCGCGUUGAUACCGUUUUGUUUUUGUGUUUUUGUUUUUCAAAUGCUGUGGCUCCAUAUUUAAAGCAAUCUCAUUGUGAUUUCUUGCAAACAACAAGGCUCCGUCUUUUGCGAUUUAAACAAAAGCAUGCACACAACAAGAAUUAUAUGGAAACAUGGUAAAUGAUGAUGCGAAUUGUGUAAGAAUAUGCAAGAUGUUCUGGAAGUUGCCAACAAUGAUUACUCUAGUGAAUGUUUUAAUAAUCUUGUUAACAAAAAUCGAACUGCUCCAGCUUUUCACGUUGUUUUCAAAUUCUGUUAGCAUGGGAAUUUCGUUCUCCAUCGUUAGUCGAUACUCGAAGAUCAGUCUAAUAUGGGAAACUCAUUUAUGAUUCUUGGCUCAAGCGAAGUUUUAGCAUAACAUUUAAGUUUCGUUUCUCUAUACACAUUCACACAUGUAUUACAAAAAGCACAGCAUUCGUUAGUUCGUAAUCAAUACUGUUUUUGCAACGAAAUAUCGAAACCACAGAAGAGCAUUUAAUGCCUUCUUCGCAAAACUAUCUCGUUUCGCUUUGGGUUUAGCCAUAAGCACAACUAACGAAAGUAUAAACAAAAAAUGUGAUGCGAAUAGGUAAUCCAAGAAAAGGGCAGCAAAGCGGAUCCCUUGUUUUCGGAAAAACUCAAACGGGGAAAAUGUGUAUUCAAGGAUAUGAAAGGUAGAUGGUUUAACUACGGCAAAUUGCCAAAAGCUUCUCGAUAUCCCAAAUCCUCUACGAUAGCCAUGCCAUUAGUUGUGCGAAUUCUAUGUUAUAAAAUUGACAACGAUUUUCUUAUAACAGUUGAGAAAAUUAUAAAAAUUCUCUAUAAUACGUUUUACUGGGUGUAUUUUUGGUAUGCUUGUUAUCUUCUGCGCGCAGUAACCGUGUUGAUACACCAAGGAAGUGAGUUAUAAAACGCUAAAGAGCAAUCUACGUUGAUGCAGUUUAGAACCCUGUGACAAAGGGCCAAAUAAGAAAACGCGACGGUAUAUGGCAAAAAAUGUUCGCAUUAAUGCUAAACUGUACGCAAAUUCGGAAACUUAACGACAAUAAUUUUUACACGAUGUAGUCAGGUGUAAAAGUUUUAUUGUGAAGCACAUUUUAUAGCUGUAGUGAUCGAGGUUCUGUGAAAAAUAUUCGACAUGUUAUCUAGUUGUUUUCGAAAAAAGGUGCGCUAUGGCAUUGGUUGUCGAUUACAAUACAUCCAAUAGUUUUAUUUUGUUUUAUUUCCCGAGGUAAAAAUAUCAAUUCAACUUAUUCUGGCGCACCAUACAGCGUCGCAUUAACCGUGCGUUGGAGAGUAUUGAAAACAAAAUUUAUGUACAACAAAAAUACAGGUUAGCUAACACCAGAAGUAACAGUGUUAAAUCUGGAAAUCAUCAAGAUAACACUGUCUCUUUUUGACAAUGCGAACCAUUUCGACAAGAACAUCGUCCGUAGUACAUACCGAAUGAACCAGCAUGGAACGUACUAUGAAAACCACCCAAAAUUAACGCCUUCCGAGAUUUAAGCAAUGAUUCCUUGGUUCAAGCAAUGAUUAAUAUUUAACCUACCAAUGUUUAAUGUUUGCCGAAUACACAUAAAAAUAUAACGAAACGGUUGUUAAUUUUCAUAACCUUUAUGAAAGAAAAACUUGUUUUUUUUUGUGUUAAACUUGUGACAUAAUGAUCUAUCAUUCUGUAAUAAAAGUUCUCAAAAGUCAAGGUGAUGGUGAAGGGGGUUGAAG